AGUGAGAAAAUAAGAGCCAACAAAAAUUGUGACUGUAGGCUGAAAGAAAUUUUACCAUCAACUAUAACCAUUCUCUGGGAAAUGGCUGAAAAAGGAAAAGGAGAAGCAAGUUGUAAUCUUGGCAACGUCUCUGGCAGCCUUGGAGAUUUCCGAAAUUCCACAGACUAUGGUGAAAGAUCUUUGCAGGUUACCCAAGAAGUCGGUAAGACGGCAAAUGAAGCAACAGCUUAUGGUGAUAUUGGUGACGCCCAUGUCAACCUUAGCGAUUUUCAGAGAGCCAUAGACUACAUUGAACGACACCUCAAAAUUGCCAGAGAAGCGCGAGACAGGGUAGGAGAAGGAAGAGCUUAUGGUAAUCUUGGCAACGCCUAUGACAGUCUUGGAGAUUUCCAGAAAGCCAUAGACUACCAUGAACGACACCUCAAAAUUGCCAGAGAAGUGGCAGACAGGGCAGAAGAAGGGAAAGCGUACUGUAAUCUUGGCAACGCAUAUGAUAGUCUUGGAGAUUUCCAGAAAGCUAUAGACUACCAUGAACAACACCUCAAAAUUGCAAGAGAAGUGGAAGACAAGGCAGAAGAAGGAAAAGCGUACUGUAAUCUUGGCAACGCAUAUGACAGUCUAGGAGAUUUCCAAAAAGCCAUAGACAACCAUGAACGACACAUCAAAAUUGCCAGAGAUCUGCUAGACAGGGCAGGAGAAGGAAUAGCGUAUGGUAAUCUUGGCAAUGCCUAUCACAGUCUUGGAUGUUUCCAGAAAGCCAUGGACUACCAUGAACGACAUCUCAAAAUCGCCAGAGAAGUGGCAGACAGGGCAGGAGAGGGAAGAGCGUACGGUAAUCUUGGCAACGCUUAUCACAGUCUCGGAGAUUUCAAGAUAGCCGUAGACUACCAUGAGCAAGACCUCAAAAUUGCCAGAGAAGAGAGAGACAGGGCAGGAGAAGGGAGAGCGUACUGUAAUCUUGGCAACGCCUAUCGCCGUCUUGGUGAAUUCCAGAAAGCCAUAGAAUAUCAUGAAAGACACCUCAAAAUGGCCAGAGAAGAGGGAGACAGGGAAGGAGAAGGAGACGCGUACGGUAACCUUGGCAGCGCCUAUGACAGUCUUGGAGAUUUUCAGAAAGCCAUAGACUUCCACGAACGACACCUCAAAAUUGCCAGAGAAGUGGGAGACAAGGUAGGAAAAAGAAUUGCGUACGGUAAUCUUGGAAACGCAUAUAACAGUCUUGGAUGUUUCCAGAAAGCCAUAGACUACCAUGAACAACACCUCAAAAUUGCCAAAGAAGUGGGAGACAGGGCAGCGGAAGGAAAAGUGUACAGUAAUCUUGGCAACGCCUAUGACGGUCUGGGAGAUUUCCAGAAAGCCAUAGGCUACCAUGAACAAGACCUCAAAAUUGCCAGAGAAGUGGGAGACAGGGCAGGAGAAGGAAUAGCGUACGGUAAUUUAGGCAAAGCCUAUCACAGUCUAGGAGAUUUCCAGAAGGCCAUUGACUACCAUGAAAGAGACCUUACAAUUGCUAGAGAAGUAGGAGACAGAGCAGGAGAAGGAACAGCAUGCGGUAAUCUUGGCAGUGCCCAUCGCAGUCUUGGACAUUUCCGGAAAGCUAUGGACUACCAUGAAAAACACCUCAAAAUUGCCAGGGAAGUGGGAGAUAGGGCUGGAGAAGGAACGGCGCUGGGAAAUUUUGGCAUCGUCUAUGACAGUCUUGGAGAUUUCCAGAAAGUCAUAGAUUACCAUGAACAACGCCUCAAAAUUGACAGAGAAGUAGGAGACAGGGCAGGAGAAGGAGCAACGUACGGUAAUCUUGGCAGUGCCCAUUGCAGUCUUGGAAAUUUCCAGAAAGCCAUAGAUUACCACGAAGGGCACCUCAUAAUUGCAAGAGAGGUGGGAGACAGGGCAGGAGAAGGAAUAGCUUACAGUAAUCUCGGCAACGCCUUUUANCCAUGAACAACGCCUCAAAAUUGACAGAGAAGUAGGAGACAGGGCAGGAGAAGGAGCAACGUACGGUAAUCUUGGCAGUGCCCAUUGCAGUCUUGGAAAUUUCCAGAAAGCCAUAGAUUACCACGAAGGGCACCUCAUAAUUGCAAGAGAGGUGGGAGACAGGGCAGGAGAAGGAAUAGCUUACAGUAAUCUCGGCAACGCCUUUUACAGUCUGGGAGAUUUCCAGAAAGCCAUAGACUACCAUAAACAACAUCUCAAAAUUGCCAGAGAAGUUGGAGACAGGGCAGGAGAAGGAAAAACGCACGGCAAUCUCGGCAGUGCCUAUGCCAGCCUUCUAGAUUUCAAGACAGCCAUAGACUACCAUGAACUGCGCCUCAAAAUUGCCAGAGAAGUAGGAGACAGGGCAGGAGAAGGAGCAACGUACUGUAAUCUUGGCAACGCCUAUGAUAGUCCUGGAGAUUACGAGAAAGCGAUAGAGUACCAUGAAAGCCACCUCAGUUUUGUCAGAGAAGUGGGAGACAGGGCAGGAGAGGGAAAAGCGUACUGUAACCUUGGCAACGCUUAUCACGGUCUUGGAGACUUCCAGAAAGCCAUAGACUAUCAUGAACGAGACCUCAAAAUUUCAAAAGAAGUGGGAGACAGGACAGGAGAAGGAAAGGCGUACUGUAAUCUUGGCAACGCCUAUCACAGUCUCGGACAUUCCCAGAAAGCCAUUCACUAUUACGAGAAUAGUGUCACGGUGUUCGAUCACAUCAGGAGUAUGCUCAUAUCUAAUGACGAAUGGAAGAUUAGCCUGUGCAGUACGUAUGAUUACGUCAAUUCAAAGCUAUGGGAACUGUUAUUGGAACAAGGCAAAGUCGUCGAGGCACUUUUAACCGCUGAUCAAGGACGUGCCCAAGCUUUAAAUGAUCUACUGGAGUUCAAGUAUGGAUUUAAAGGGUUACGUCCAGAGAUAGGAACACUGAAUUUAACUACACCUGACAUUCUUAGUUACCUGCCAUCAAAUACAGCUUUCAUAGGGAUAAAAGAGGGAGGAAUAGUUCUCUGGGUAAACGAGAAAGGAAACGAAAUCAAAUCGAGAAGAAGGAAGACCGAUGUUCCCGUCACGUCCUAUUUCCAGUCUCUGUUGGACGUUACAUAUGAGAAACUUGGUGUAAGAGCCGAUGUUACAUGUGAAGAUCGCUCAUUAAGGAACCCAAGAGACGAAAAGGUAGCAGUUGAAAGAUCUGGUGGGCCAAAGUCUCCUUCUUUGCUGUUCGAGCUAAAUCCUUUGCAAAUAUUAUAUCAUGUUGUCAUAGACCCUAUUAGAGACUUAAUCCAGGGCGAUGAAGUUGUGGUCGUCCCCCAAGGUCCUCUGUGUUUGGCACCUUAUGCUGCUUUUAUGGACUUACAUUCGAAUUACCUCUUUGAAACCCUUAGAAUCCGACUUCUUCCCUCCCUUUCUAGUCUGCGAUUAAUCAUCAACUGUCCAGCAGACUGGCACAGCAAGACUGGCGCCCUUCUCGUGGGCGAUCCGUGGGUACAGGAGGUACGUUAUCAAGGGACAAAGCUAGAGCAGUUGAAGUGGGCCGAAAAGGAAGUGGAAAUGAUUGGGGAAAUACUCCAAACUGCGCCUCUCAUCGGAAAGCAGGCAACAAAGGAUGAAGUUUUAAGACGCAUCUCCUCUGUUGCCUUAGUGCACAUUGCCGCUCACGGUAAAAUGGAAACAGGAGAAAUUGCCUUAGCCCCAAACACAACGCGUUCAUCCGUAAAUCCAGCCAGGAAGGACUAUCUCUUAACUAUGAAAGAUGUUUUGAAGGCGAAGAUUAGGGCAAGACUUGUUGUACUUAGCUGUUGUCAUAGUGCUCGGGGAGAGAUCAAGGCUGAGGGCGUGGUUGGCAUCGCACGAGCGUUUUUGGGUGCUGGUGCUCGUUCUGUUCUGGUGUCCUUGUGGGCGAUUGACGACGAGGCUACUAUGGAGUUCAUGAAGUUUUUCUACAGACAACUAGUCAAGGGAGGAAGUGCCAGUGAGGCUUUGAAUAAAGCCAUGAAAUCCAUGAGAGAAUCUUACCGCUUUAGUGCAGUGAAGUACUGGGCGCCGUUUGUUCUGAUUGGUGACGACGUAACGCUUGACUUCGAGGGCAUAAAAUAG